CAGCAGGCCGCGGGCCAGGAAGGGGCAGGCAAGCUCUCCCGGAACCAGCCGCCCUGCCGCGGCCCCUGCCAGCCUGUUCUCUCUGCGGGCUAAGGGCGCCGGGAACUGCUCGCCAUGUCCUCGGUAGCCGCCGCCAGCUGUGACGGCAAGGGCUCGGGGGAGGCGCGGGAGGAGAAGAAGCCGCUGAAGCCCUGCUGCGCCUGCCCCGAGACCAAGAAGGCGCGGGACGCCUGCAUUAUUGAGAAGGGAGAAGAAAAUUGUGGGCACCUAAUUGAAGCUCACAAAGAGUGUAUGAGAGCUCUGGGCUUCAAGAUAUGAGUAAGAUGAGCACAACUAAGUGGGAUGAUGUCUUUGGUGUGACUGUGUUCUGGAAAGCUGCAAAAUAAAUUAUUUCUGCAGGUUACUUCAAA